UUAAUCCUACCACUUGUUUUUCUGCAGUAUACUUUUGCUCAACUUUAGAUUGAAAAGAAAGUUUUUAUUAUUUCAUCACUAUUUUAUAAGAUAUGACUGCAGAAUAUAUUGUAGAUAAACAACCUAUGAUGAAGACAUCAAUGCAUAGAGAAAGUGAACAAGAAGUAGAUAUAAUUAGUACCUUGCCUGAUUCUAUUGUAACACACAUCAUGGAAUUCUUGGUGACUAAAGAAGCUGUACAUACCAGCAUUUUGUCCAAGAGAUGGAAGCACCUUUGGAAAUCGCUCGCUAUUUUGAUAAUUAACAGUAAUCAAUUUGACAAGGCUGAAUUUUUCAAGAAAUUUGUGCUCAAGGUUUUGCAACACCGCGAUUACUCUAGUGCCUUGCGUAAAAUUGUAGUCAAGCAUAACGGGCAUAUUCACUUUCAUAUUUUGGCCAAAAUAAUCAAUUAUGCAGUAUCAUACGAAGUGGAGCAAUUCAAACUCGACACAUUCCUUCGUAAUGAUGUACGUAAUAUGUUGCUUUUUCACCCCUUGUUUUACCUUCGGUCUCUAAAACGUCUUGAUGUGUCACUCCGUAAAUCUGGUUGGAUAGCUCAACUUCCGGUAACUCUAGACCUUCCACAAUUAGUAUAUUGUCACUUACGACAUUUUUCCUUUACUUCAAGUGAUGAUAAAGAUUUUUCCAAUCCCUUCUUAAAUUGUAAGAAGCUUCGUACUUUAGUCAUCGACAAUUGCAAUCUAAGUAACGGGAAAAUCCUUUGUUUGGUUAGUGAUAAACUUGUUAAUCUAACCAUCCGGUUCUGCUUUUAUUUUUAUAACCCUUUCAAAGUUACAAUAUAUGCCCCUAAUCUAGAAGCAUUUACUUUCGCGGGACGUCUGAAUUCUACCAAUAAUCAUGAAAUCUUUGAGCAUAACUUGGAUUUUAUCGGAGAAGCAAACAUCGACGUUUUGUGCCAUUCAUCUAUACCCGGGGUUGAAGAGACCUUGAAGAAUUGGUUCAGAAGGAUCAGUAAUGUACACUCAUUGUCACUUUGCUUGCAAACUCUUGAGGGUCUUUCUCACAUUCCUGAUUUUCCCUAUAUAGAAUCAAUGGGAUUUAGUAAAUUGAAGUCAGUGAUUGUUAGACGGUUUGCUGAAACAGUGCCUCUACCAAAAGGUGUAUUGGACUACUUACUUCAAGAUUCUCCACUUGCAGAACGUAGAAUCAUUCAAGGAGAGCCGUUGUACUCCGAGACUUAUGAUUUAACGUAAAAAUCAUUCGUUACAAUUUGCAAAGCAUAUUUCUUCUUUGAGGGGUAAAUUAUAUCUUGAAGAAGCAUAUUUGUCGGCAACAUGUUUACCGUGAAGCUAAUCAAGUGGCUGAUCACACUAUUUCUUUAGAAAUGUUUAAUUCAUCUUGGAGAAUUCAGGUUGUAUUACAUUAUUUAGAGAUUUAUAGUUUGCUUUGAGUCUUAUGCUCCUUUUAUUUUUUAUCAGUCCCUAAACUAUUAAAAUACUUCAAUUUAAUAAACUAUUUUGUGUAUUUGGGCAAGGAAGUCCGAAACUUUGUGUUUGGAAAACUAUAAUAAGUUGUGAUUAUAGUGAACUCUCUUAGACAUGCAAGGGGGACUGUACUACUUUCGUUUGUGAGAGG